AUGCCCAUCUCCGCUCAUAUCCACGAGGGUGAGGCCAGCUCGAGCCAGGAAUCUCUACUAGAAAAGAAGGAAGAGCAGGUUGACAUUUGGAAGGUUCUCCGCAGAGUGUGGUUUAACGAACUCGUCAUCUUCCUGCAAUUUGUCUUGACUACUGCUUGCUACCCUGCUAUUCUGACUGCUAUUCCCUGCUACAAUUUAACAGCAUUGGCCCCCGCUCACUGGUACCAGACUAUUCUGCUGUCCGUCUUCACAGUUUUCGACGUUAUCGCUCGAUUCUGUGUGCGCCACCGUGGUCCUCUUUAUUAUGGGAAUAUCUGGAUCACUGCGGUUAUCCGUAUGUUGAUCUUCCCCUUGGUCGUGAUGUGUGCUACGGGCUUCUUCCGCAACGAUUGGUUUUCGAUGGCUAUUGUUGCCUUAUUCGGAUUCGGAAACGGCUUCUCUGGCAGUCUCUCCUUGAUCACUAUCAACGAGAUCCCUGGCCUUUCCGGUCCCGAGCUUAAGGCGACAGGCCGCUUCUCUGCCGUGGCGGUCAACUCAGGUCUAUGUGUCGGAGGUUUCGUGGCCAUGGGUCUCGGUGUUUGGCUUGGAUUGGCAUAA